AUGGCAUCUAUCGAUACUUUCACUGACAAAGAUGCUGUGUUUAGGAAACUCAGAGGAAAAGCUGAGAACAAAGUGUGCUUUGAUUGUAAUGCAAAGAAUCCUACGUGGGCAUCUGUAACCUUUGGGGUCUUUCUCUGCAUCGAUUGUUCUGCUAUUCAUCGUAGCCUUGGUGUGCAUCUGACGUUUGUCAGGUCCACAACUUUAGACUCAUGGACGCCUGAGCAGUUAAGAAUGAUGACUUUCGGUGGAAAUAAUCGUGCACAGGUGUUCUUUAAGCAGCAUGGCUGGACUGACGGGGGGAAAAUCGAGGGCAAGUAUACAUCUAGAGCUGCUGAUUUGUAUAGACAAGUUCUCUCGAAGGAGGUGGCAAAAAGUAUGGCAGAAGAUAUAACCCUGCCACCACCAGUUUCUUCUCAGUCAGCUGAAGGCACGAAUGGGGUUGUUGAUGCGACUGUCAAGAAGCCUCUUGGAGCGAGGAAAACUGGGAAGACUGGGGGUCUUGGCGCCAAAAAGCUCGCUACAAAGCCAAAUGAAAGUCUCUAUGAUCAGAAGCCUGAAGAAUUACCACUUCCUGUUCCAUUGUCUUCGACUGGCAACCCAAAAAGUGGGGCAUCUAUUGCAUCCCGUUUUGAGUAUGUAGACAAUGUCCAACCCGUGGAUUUGGUUCCUGGUGGACAACGAGUGAUUAGCCAUGUUUCUGCACCAAAGUCAUCAAACUUCUUUGCAGAUUUUGGAAUGGAUAGUGGUUACCAGAAAAAAGACAACUCAAGUUCCUCUAGAGUGCAAAUCGAGGAGACGGAUGAAGCUAGGAAAAAGUUCUCAAAUGCCAAGUCGAUCUCAUCCGCUCAAUUUUUUGGCGAUAAGAAUAAAUCAGCGGAUAUUGGUGCCCAAGCUUCUUUGGAGAAAUUCUCGGGUUCUUCGUCCAUCUCGAGUGCGGAUCUUUUUGGUCACAGCAAUGAUAAUGCAAGCAUCGAUCUCGCUGCAAGUGACAUGAUCAAUCGGCUGUCCUUCCAGACGCAACAAGAUAUUGCCUCGUUGAAGAACAUGGCCGGAGAGACAACGAAGAAGCUCAGUUCCUUAGCAUCUUCAUUGAUGACGGACCUUCAAGACCGAAUCCUUUGA